AUGGAGAGCGACGACGAGCUUGCCGACGAUGAGGGCAGCGCUCAGAUGGACUUGAGCGAGUACGACAUGUCCGAGGGCGAGGGCGAGGGCGAGGGCGAGGGCGAUGAUUAUGAGCAGGAGGGAGAAAGUGACGAGGAUGAGCAGGAGGGAGAAAGUGACGAGGAUGAGGGGAGGCUGACUGAUCCAGACUAUGUGGAGGAAGACGCCGGGGGGAGGAAAGCGAAGAUUACGAUGGGGAGGUGCGACGUCCACUCGUCCAAAAGAACGAAAAAAGCAAUCAACAUCCAGCAACACAACCGCUAUUCGGGGCGGACCGAGAAACGGGACACUGCCGAGGAACAAAGCGUAUGGAGUGCUCCCAGUAGCACCUCCCGCGGGCGCGUCCGUUUGGUCCUGGGAGGUAUCCGAUCAUCCUCCGACGCCGCCGACAGCCACGACGACUCCGACAGUACGCUAUAUUUGCUGUCUGACUCAGAAUGGCGUACGGUGGUAUAUGACUAG